AUGUACACGAUGAGCGAGAGCCACAACAUUGAGAACCAGAAGUUUAACAAGGGAGAGAUCAUCAUUACGACCAACCUUGGAGGACGUGGGACAGACAAUAAGAAGCAUAAUAAUGAUCUGAAAUCAGCCACUAAAGGUAAAGAAAGGUCUUUGACUGAAAAAGAACUAAAUCAUCUCAAGCUCUACGCUAAUAAUAUAACUGAUGAACAAAAACCAGCAACAGCUUUAGAAGUCCUUGUCCUUACAAAGAGUGACUUGUUGAAAGGUAAAGGAGUUUGUAUAACUGUAGUGGAUGCAAAAGGAAAACCUCUCACAGUGCAGAGUUAUCCAGGAACUGACCCAACAGCUGGUAUUAUCGAACUGAGGCUGACAAAAACACCACAGACUUCUCCAGGAGAAAGAGGAACAUGGGAUAAGGUGAAAGAUAGGAUUAUGGGUAAAGACACACCACAUACUGGACACAUUGAUAUCAUGUGCCCUGAUGGCUCUCUGAAAACUGUGAACUCCUCAAAUCAGAACUGUCUUUUUCAUGCCAUCGUCCAAGCAACAACUAACGAGCCAAAUAUUGUCGUCCAACAAAAAGCUGUAGAACUUCGCAACAAAGUCAGUGAGGAGAUUCUUGCCAAACCACAUAAAUACGCAGAGGCUGUGAAGAUCCAGGACAUGUUCAACCGUACCAACAGUAGCAAUAAAUUUAAAAUCGAAGCUGGAGGAGAAAGACCGAGGAAAGUAGGAAAAAUGAAAAGUAAAAGAGAAAAGCAAGCGGAUAUUUUUAGUGACUAUGUCAAAUACAAGAACCCAGACACUAUUAUUAAAGAAAACAAGUUGGGGGAAGCUGGGACCUACAGGAGCCUUAAAACAAUAAAAAAAGCCACCAGAGGUGUGGUCGAGGCAGACCACAUUCCAGCGAAGAAUUGUAUAUUUAAACUUCGUGAAAGAUUCAAAAGUAAUCCAGAACUGGAUAAGUCAACCAGAGAGAGGAAUGAGGCAUUUCAUAAUUUAGUGAUGAGCACAGAAAAUGACAGGACGGGAAAUGGUCUGAUUUCCAUGAAUGCCCUGCACUGGGACCAUCAAUCUGCCCUGACCACCGGCAGCAGUCAUGAAUCUAGAGCAUGCAGACAUUUGCAGACAGAGACAUUAGCAAGUGGAAAUAUGGAGAAAGCGCUGAAGCAGGCGUUUAUAUUGGCUAAUCCAGAAACCUCGGACAGAAUCAGGAGAAGCAUGGAUGACACCAGGCGUCCUACAGGCACAACGCUCUACAAGCGUAUAUACUACGUGCAAGGAUACAAGAAUGAAAUAGAAGAAUAUUAUAAGAAAAAAGUGAUUAGCGAGAGUGAAAGAGAUAAUCUGAUGACAUGGGUGAACAACGAGAGAUUUUUGGAUACUAACACAGAGGAGUAUCAGGAAAUCAUAAGCACCCUAAGAAACAAGAAGUAA